GUUUUAUUGUAUGUCAAAUUGACACUCAUUUAUAUACAUAUGUUUUAUUAUUUUUACCUCUAAUUCAACAUGUGUGAUCAAGAAUUCAGGACGAUACGGAUAGAUCCCCGGUAUCCUUUCACCAAUCAAACAAAGGCGUGUUACGACAAUUACUGCGAUUUCUACAAGUGCACCCGGCUGCUAGGAGAUGUGGACGACUGCAAGAUCUUCAAGCGGUACUUCGAGACCAUCUGCCCGAACCACUGGAUAUCGCACUGGGACGAGCUGAGGGAUAAGGGCGCGUUUCCUGGACCUAUUUAGGUACAAUGUGAAUAAAGAAAGAGGUGUAACACAUUUUCGGAUUUUUUUUUACUUAUAAAUUUAUUUAUGAUACUUGAAAUAUAUAUAUAAUUUUAAAUGUUGUUUUAUAUACUGUUAACUGUUUCAUAUAUUGUACGCUUAUAUAGCAGGACAUGGAGAUACUAUUUAACUGAUGUAAUACCUUAAUUUGACCUAUGAUCCACAAUAAAGUCAUUUGUAUUUGUAUUGAAAAA